AUGACAGGUAAAAGAGUAUCGAUUGUAAGCACCUUCAUACUGUUGUUUGCGCUUGGUAUACCAGUAUGGUGGCACACAACUACAACCUAUAGGUCAACGGUUGACUUCUCCAAGAUACUGGCCUAUCAAGAACAGUUUAAUGAUACCAAUAUAGUACAAUGGCCACUGUUUACAGACUUUAUACAACAGAAUCAGAACCAAAGGAAGCAAGAUCACAAAGUAGUUAAGACAGCAACCGAGUACUGUCUAUCUUUCACACUGUUGAACUCUGAUCCUUCAUCCUCUUUUGUUAUCCCUCGAUGGGACUUCCAAACUCUUUAUAAAUAUCACUUGCAAUCAUUUGUCGAUCAGAUAUCAGACAUAGCCAACUUUACUGUACAAUCAAAGAUAUCACACUACGCAACACUUCUCAAGCCACCAACCUUUGAUAGACUGAAGAAUCAAUACAUUAUUCCGUCACAGUCAUUGUCAGAGUACAUCAAUCCCAAUGAAUGGAAAUUAGAUACGACAUCUACCAACCAGCCAACACUUAACUUUAUUAUAUUUAUACCAAGUCAGUCCCAAUCUCCUCUAUAUAUCGAUGAUGACAGCAAGAGCAAUUCAUUCCUCAUCCCUCAAUGGGGUGGCAUAAUCAUACACAAUGUACUGGGCGAGCAACAACAACAACAACAAGGUGAUAAACAAUCUUUCCAUCAUGUUGAUUUGAGUGAUCAACUCCAAGAUUCUUUGGUCACAUUCAGAUAUCAACUGCAGGAACUGCUUGGAAUCGAACAAACAAAGGAGGGCGCCAAAUGGAAUCAGAUCAGCGAGCAACAGUUGCAUCAAUUGAUCGUGCAGUACACUGCCGAGAACCUGAACGUCACUAUCAACACGCUCACCUCAUUGUGCUCGCUCAUCAACAGCAUGCCCAACAUGAAGGUAUUGGACAACAUCAAGGAUGAGGUGGCCAACGCCACUGCCGCACUGGACAGAGCCCAUCAAGCACUCGCCUCAAAGGAUUAUCGUUCUGCGCUGCAUGCUUCCAAGAUUGCAUUGGAUGCGUCAGAGACGGCAUUCUUUGACAAGAACAUGUUAUCUCAGUUGUAUUUCCCUGAUGAACACAAGUACGCAGUGUAUACACCAUUGUUUGUACCUGUAUGUUUCCCAAUUAUUGCUGGAGUUAUCCAAGAGGUAAAGAAUGCAAAGGCCAAGCGUAAGGCCAAGCAACAGUAG